AUGGCCCGAAUGGGAAAAACGGCACAAGAAUUUAUUCAAGACUCAUUUUCCCCUAUAAUUGCAAUAUUGUGUAGUCCUAAAGUAGAAAAUGUCGUAUCCAAAAAUAAUCUGUCUUUUACUGAACUACUGCAACCAUUUUCAACCAUGGACUUCGAAGGUCAAUUUAGAGAUCCUAGUGGUAAUACCUGCACUAUAAAAAAUUGGAAACUAAUUAUGAGAGAAAUAAACUGGAAGCCAUUACAACCAACAGAAGCAAGAAGACAGCUAAAUAAUGCAGUAUUAUAUAAUUAUCAUGAUAAGAUUGUUUCCAUGGAAAUUGACGGAAGAAAAUUUGAUAUACCUCAAUCCACAAAUUGGUUUGAUGCUUGGAGGGAGACUUAUCUCGAAGUACAGUUUCCAUCAGACCAUGAAUUUACAAAACAUUUUAUAUCAUGUAUAAUAGUAGGAACUACUUCAGAUGAAAAUGUUAUAGACAGUUUUAAUAAUUUAAAUCAACAAUAUGCACAGUUGCAAAAUGUGACACCACCAAAAUUACCAAAGUGGUUCAACAGCAGUGUUUUAAAGUCCUACCUUCUACUCCAUGAUGUGUCUGCAGUACCUAAGGAAAAGGCUGAUACUUCAUUUGAAUUAUUGAAACAAACUUUUGGAGCUAGUAAUUGCUUCCUGUUAUCAAUUAAUUCUAAGAGUACAUUAGAUCAAAAUAUAGCAACAGACUUAUGGGCUCAGUUUGUUAAGAGAACAUCACAACCCAAAAAUGAGAUGUCUUCAUCACUUACUAAUUUGCCAACUACACCUGCUGAGCCACAAGCAGCAUUUCCACCAUCCUCAAUGAACUUACAAGCAGAUGACAGCAAUGCACUUACAACUGGAAUAAAUCCAGAAAAUAUGCAUCCAUUGAAUACGCCUGAAACAGAUAUUUAUGAUAAUGCAAACAGUUUACAGACUCAUUCAUUCUCUGGAAGCUCUGAAAGCGUAAAUGUAGCUGGAAGAGUUUUAGAAUUUUCAACUGAGGUUCAUGGUACAGCUCUAAAUGCAAAUGAUCUUGAGGCUAUUAAGAAUUUUUUGCAUGAGUACGCAUCUAAGGCAUUACUACCCUACAUGGAAAAGCAAAUAUCGCUUUUAUCUGAAAUUGUAGCAAACCGAAAGGGUGUCAGCAGAUCGUUGUUAUCUGCAACAAAACGGUGGUUUGGCACUGGGAAAACUGGAAACACGACCAGCAACAGUACUGUUAUAUACACGAGUGAUUGUCCAGAAUUGCAAUUAAGACGCUUAGGAGACCUCUGGUUUUUAUGUCGCCAAUGGCAACGUGCGUUUGAUGCUUAUCAUACAGCGAAAAGAGAAUUCUACGCCGACAGUGCUUGGCUUUGUUAUGCUGGUGCUCUGGAGAUGGCAGCGAUUAGUGCGUUUAUGGCAGGAGACGCCAACCGCAAAACUCAUGGGUAUAUGGAGGAGAGCAUUGUAACUUACCUGAAUACAUGUAGGAUGGUGCAAUACGCCGUGAGAGCCACUUUACUUUCAGUCCUUUGCUUAAGUGGUUCUGGUUUGCAUGGAGAAGCCGCUAAACAGUUGAUCAGGAUGACAUCAGAGGACAGUGAUCUGCGUAGCGCUAUGCUGUUGGAACAGGCUGCACUCUGUUUUUUGUCCGGUCCAGGCACUAAGGGCAUGUGCAGAAAGUACGCGUUUCAUAUGGUUUUAGCGGGUCACCGAUUCUCAAAAGCCGGGCAGAAAAAACACGCAUACAGAUGUUAUAAACAAGCUUAUCAGGUAUACGAAAAUAGCGGGUGGCGGUUGGCGACCGACCACGUGCAGUUCGCGCUGGGGCGGCUGGCGAGCGCGCAACGGAACGCGCGCGAUGCGCUGCGCUGGCUGGCGGCGCCGCUCGCGCCCUCCGGCCACCAGCCGCCGCACCAGCAGGCCGCUUUCCUCCGCGAGUACAUGCUGGCGCACCAGCAAUGGAUAGAGAGCGCUGAAGAGCCUCGAGAAAGAUUAGAGGAGCUGCCAUUACCGCUAGUAGAAGAUCGCGAGACAAGUGUACUUUGUGUAGGACCUGCACCGCUGGCCUCGCCGCGGCGCCGUGCCGCCACUUCACUAUCUCUCGGAGCUCCUUCAGAGUCAAUUAGCGACGACCGUUCUUGGCGUACUCUUGAAGAAAUGUUACUGCAAGUGGCACAGGGUGCUGUACCCAUGAUAUUCAAACCUACCAUUGAUCUAUACACUAGUGCUGCAGAUGCCGAACCCCUCGUGCCACAAGGAGAACCUAUACAGAUAUCCGUAACGCUAUGGAAUCCGUUAAAGAUCACGUUGGUAUUAAAAGAUGUGGAGCUGUUGUGGCGGUUUGUGACCGGCGUCGAUGAUGGCACAGGCGACGAGACUGUUCUUAACAAUGAACAAGCGUUGGCCGCGGGACAACCCUUGGAGAGCAACGUUAUAUUUAGUCAAAAAAUUCAAUCUGUGCAACUCGAGGGUGACUCUAAAAAAGUAUUAAUAUUCACCUUGACGCCUCUACAAGUUGGUCGCCUUAAUAUACAUGGCUUAGCUUAUAAGUUUGUUAAUGUUGGCGAAGGAGGCAUUGAAAAUGGCAACAGUGUAAUGAUAUCAGGAAAGGUUAACAUCGGUUCCAGCGAAAAAGGACCCUAUAAACGAUUAAGAAUUACAGUUAUUCCAGAAGCACCUUGUUUGCAGAUGACUUUAUCAGAAACCAAUGCAGAUAUCAUAAGUGGAGAAAUGAGAACGGUAGAUGUCGAAUUUACAAACGUCGGACCCGUCGAUAUGAACGACCUUUACGUCGCCGUGUCUCAUCCUGACUGCAUGCAUCUCGUAACCUCCGAAGAGGAAAACGAUUUUAAAGAGUUAUAUGAAGAUAAAUACCGUGAACUACCUCAUUACCCAGAGGAGCGCGCGGCGCGCGCGGCGGCGUGGCGCGGUGCGGCGGCGCGCCACGUGCGCAUUGCGGCGGCGCAGCUGGCGCGCGGCGCGUGCGUGCGCGCGCGGCUGCUACUGCGCCCGCGCGCCGGAGCCGCCGACCUACGCCUGCUGGCCUACCACGCCACGGGCCAAAGCGCCCGUCCCUACCGAUUGCUGCGUCACGUGUUCCGCUUCCGUCUCACUGAAGCGGUUGAGCUGGCGGUGACUCCUAGUCGUAGUCUCGGACAAAACCAGGAAAACUUCGUGGAAACUAUGAAUUUGUCGGUGGAGGUGAAAAAUAUCUUUAGUGAAAAGAGCGAGGAAAUCGUAGUCGAAGUGCUAGAGGCUUCUCUUCUAAGUCGGCAGUGGACCCUUGUGGGUCUAGUGGCAGCGCGUGGUGCUUCAGAACCACUCACCUCGCGCGAGAAACUUCACUUCGUUCUUCGAGCUAGACGUAUACGUUCAUCACUGCCGGAGGAAAAAGUUGAAAGAUCAUGUGUCAAAAUUGCUGACGGUCAUCCCGAUGCGAUUGCCGAUAUCAAUGUCCCACCAUAUUCCAACUUCGUGAUGGAUAGUCAGCCCUCCAUUAUUGAAUCGCCUGAAACGCCUAUGUUAAAGGAUACUACUACGCGCGUAGGCUUGAUACAGUCGAUGUUUGUUCUGCGAUGGAAAGUACUAGAGAAAAAUAAAGGGCACUCUGCAAUUGGGCAACACUGUCUGUGGUUGGAUUGUUUUACGAAAGCCGUUUCUCGUGAAAAAGAAAUUGUACCAGUAGACGCGACUUCUUUACAGCUGGACGACUAUGAUAGCAAAUUAAAUUUACAGGAAAUGAAUAACAAAAGCAAAAAAGAUGAUGUUGUUAUAUUUAGAUUGGAGCACUCCAACCACAUCAAUCACAAUUUUGAGGAAAUGAAAAUAUGUUUAAUUCCAAUCACUUUAAAUAUUGUUAACUGCUAUGGAAUUCCUGUAAAAGUAUUUAUAGACAUGUCAAAGCAAAAGAGUAGAGAAAUGUCUGGCGAAUUGGGAUGGGCUGGAGCCCUCAGUUACGGAUCCGACGUUGAACCCAAAGAAUUAGGUGUCAGUGUAAAACUCGACAAGUUUGAAUCUAAACGGGUACAAGUACGAGGUAUAUGUGCUGCGCCCGGAACGUACCUUGUAGGUUCCGCCUUUUCUGUAUCUACUACCGGUGAAGGUGCCAAUGUUAAUGUCUCUAAUGUUUCUAAUAAUACUUCUUUGUUAAUAGUACAACAAGCUGCAUAG